AUGUCUCUGUGCAAGGACUGUAUCACUGGCGUCCGUCACGAGGGAACACCCACUGGUACUAUCGCCCAGAUUGGAGGAUUCGACUGCUACGUCGCGACACCCACUGGCGAUUACGCCAGGGAUAAAGUCCUACUCUACUUCCCAGACGCUCUGGGCAUGCAAUCCCCCAACGCCCACCUCCUCGCCGACGCCUUUGCGACCAACGGCUACAAGACCGUCAUCGUCGACUACUUCGAGGGCGAGCCGGUCCCGCACGAGCGCGUCUUCGCCCCCGGGGGCGCGCAGGGCUUCGACCUCCUCGCCUGGCUCGGCCGGCACCCCGCCCCGCGCGCGCUCGAGAUCAUCCGCGCGGUCAUCGCCGCGCUCAAGGUGGACGGCGUCACCAAGUUCGCGUCAACGGGCUACUGCUACGGCGGGCGCACGGGCUUCGACCUCGGGUUCACGAACGAGCUCGCGGUCGUCACCACCGCGCACCCGUCUCUCCUAAAGUGCCCCGAAGACCUCGAGAAAUACGCAGCGAUGUCCCGUGCGCCGCUCCUCAUCAACUCGUGUGAGGUCGACCAGCAGUUCCCCGUGGAGGCGCAGAAGAAGGCGGACGAGAUCCUGGGUGGCGGCAAGUUCGCGCCGGGGUACGAGCGCACAUACUGGGAAGGGUGUCAUCACGGUUAUGCCGUGCGUGGAGACAUGAGCGACCCGAAGGCCAAGGCAGGUAUGGAAGGCACCUUCGAAGGCACCGUCAAGUUUUUGAAGAGGUACUUCUGA